AUGAUAUUAGAUACAACUUUUAAAAGAGAUUUAUCAAAGGAACUACUUGAAAUAUACAAAAAAGGAUGUGACGACUACGAAGAUGAUCGAGUAAUAGAAGUAGAAGUAAAUGAAUGGUUCAAAACACACAAUGAACCACCACCACAAGUAUUCAAAAUGAUAUAUGAACGAAGUAACGACGAAACAGACUACAAAACGCUUUUGGCAUUUAUGUAUUGCCUGGGAAUAGGAACUAAAAUUGAUAAAUUUGAAAUGUUUCGAUAUUAUUUGAUUGCUGCGGAACAGGGGGAUCCGAAUCGAAAAUUUGCAUCAUUUUUCAGAACGUUAAGAACAAUAGUCGUAAUGAACAAUGAAAACCUGGGUGGUGAAAAUCACGACGAACAUUAUUUCUCAAAUGUUUUGAAAGAGCUAUUGAAAGCGUUCUCUUCGAUCACAAAUCCUGGUGGGCAGGACGAACACUUAAAAGAAUGUAUUCUCAACUUCUUUAAGCACAAAGAAUUCACCAAAAUUCAAAUCUUUGGGCACCUUAAAAAACUUGCUCGUAAAAACUAUGAUUACGCAUGUCUACUAGGAUUCUUUUACCAUCAUUCUUUCGCAGAUAUGUUUUUACAAGGUACAGGAACGAAUGUUGAUGUUCAUCACGCUUUGAAGUUGUAUCUGGAGGCGAAAAAAUUGGGAUGCUCAUUCCCAAGACUGGUCGAGAAUAUAAGAGAUAAUUAUAAAACUUAUGAGGAAGGAACAGAACAAUUCUUGUCAAUCACAAACUCAGGCGAGCAUGAUAAAACAUUUGCAAGAGUGUAUUCUCUCGACAUAGAGAAUCUUUGUGCACCUAAAAGUUGCUUACGAAAAUCGCGAUUGCAUGCCUAUUAG